AUGGAUGAGCUGUCCAAGAACCCCCACGGCUUCACCGAGCUCGAGGCCUCCUCCCUCGCCGUCGGUCUUCCCGAGGGUUUGAUGGGCAACUCGGAAGUCGGUCACCUCAACAUCGGUGCGGGACGUGUCGUCUGGCAGGACGUUGUCCGCAUCGACCAGUCCAUCAAGAAGAACGAGCUUGUCGACAACGAAGUCAUCAAGAAGACGUUCCAGAGUGCCGCUGCCGGCAAUGGCCGCCUUCACCUCUGCGGCCUCGUCUCCCACGGCGGUGUCCACUCGAAGCAGGAGCACCUGUACGCCCUUCUCCGGGCCGCCAAGGAGUACGCCGUCCCGCACGUCUACAUCCACUUCUUCGGCGACGGCCGUGACACCGACCCCAAGUCGGGCGCCGGCUACAUGCAGGAGCUCGUCGACUACCUCAAGGAGGUGGGCGUCGGCCAGAUCGCCACCGUCGUCGGCCGAUACUACGCCAUGGAUCGCGACAAGCGCUGGGAGCGUGUCGAGAUCGCCCUCAACGGCCUGUGCCACGGCGUCGGCGAGGCCAGCGAGGACCCCGUCGCGACGGUCAAGGCUCGGUACGAAAACGGCGGGUCCAAGGACAAGGAUGAGUUCCUCACGCCCAUCAUCGUCGGUGGUGCCGACGGUAGAAUCCAAGACGACGACACCAUCUUCUUCUUCAACUACCGAUCCGACCGCGUCCGACAGAUCACGCAGCUCCUCGGCGACGUCGAUCGAUCGGUCCUUCCCGACUUCAAGUAUCCCAAGAUCAGCAAGCUCGUGUCCAUGACCAAGUACAAGACCGAGUACCCCUUCGAGGUCGCCUUUGAGCCCCAGCGCAUGGACAACGUCCUGGCCGAGUGGCUUGGCAAGCAGGAUGUCGAGCAGGUGCACGUGGCCGAGACGGAAAAGUACGCCCACGUCACCUUCUUCUUCAACGGCGGUGUCGAGAAGGCCUUUCACCUCGAGACGCGCGACCAGGACCAGGACCUCGUCCCCUCCAACAAGUCGGUCCCCACCUACGACAAGGCGCCCGAGAUGUCUGCCGACGGCGUCGCCGACCAGGUCUGCAAGCGCCUCGGCGAGCAAAAGUUCCCCUUUGUCAUGAACAACUUUGCGCCCCCGGACAUGGUGGGCCACACGGGCGACUACGACGCCGCCAUCAUCGGCUGCGAGGCCACCGACAAGGCCAUCGGCAAGAUCGUCGAGGCCUGCAAGAAGGAGAACUACAUCCUCUUCAUCACGGCCGACCACGGAAACGCCGAGGAGAUGAAGUUUGACGACGGCAAGCCCAAGACAAGCCACACGACGAACAAGGUGCCCCUGAUCAUGGCCAACGCGCCUGAGGGCUGGAGCCUGAAGAAGAACGGCGGCGUCCUGGGCGACGUGGCGCCCACCAUCCUGUCGGCCAUGGGUCUUCCUCAACCCGAGGAGAUGACGGGCGAGUCGCUCCUUGCAAAGGACCUUAAGCGGAGCGCCGAGUAA